AUGCCCAGCUCUGCUUUCUCCACAGGUCUCCAGCUUCCCAAUGAAUUGCUGCACAAGAUUCUGCUAUGGUCUAUUGGCGACGGCUUGCAUACUUUGUGCACAACGACGAAGUGCCCUUGGGAGAUGAAUAUGCUCCUCACAUUUCACUGUGUCUCUAUUCCCUUCCGAGCAAUCUCAAGGGAGAUCGCUUGCAAAGCCUUCUACCUCGACCGAGAUAGUCUGGAGGGUGAUUCAACUUCUUUCCUCUCCACCACGCGCGAGAUCUUCAGUUAUCUACACGGGGUCGGCAAGAGGCUUCGAACCGCAGCACACGACGACGAAACUCGCCAUCCAUGUUCAGCCGCAAACAAGCCCAGCGUCACAUCCCCGUUGCUCGUCAGUUACGCCAUGUACCUCAACUGCACCUCAUUGCGCAAAAGCGCCUUGCAGUGUUCAACAGCGGAGACGUUUCCAAAGACCCAUCGAAUAAUCCUCAAUGCCCUACCCCAGGCUCUGGACCUCUGCCAUCAAGUCAAUCCUCGGCGCAUCACCAGUCAUUUAGCUGCUAGUAUCGAAGAUGAAUUGGGCUUGGCCCGCUGUGGCUUGGCGUUGGUCGAGGGGUUCCGAGAGAUAGACGUUGCUAUUCAAUCUCUCAAAGUGUUCGAGUCAUGCAUAGACAUGUACGGCACUGGACCCAUUGCGGCUGUCCUCUCCAUAAUUCACAAGAACUUGUCGAAGAUCGAGGAGGUGAUGGAGGAGUACCGAGAGCUUAUCUUGCCCGAAGCGCCAACAGAAGCGACGCUACCGUUCAUCCAGCUGCCAGGUGUCCUGAGGACAUUGCGACUAGCGUGUACGAUGGAAUUCUCUGACGACCAGUACGAAUUGAGUCGGCGGCUGAGCGAUAUUUCCCGACCAUGGGCACGCUGCUGCCCUUUCUUUGGCGACUAG